UUACAUGUGAUCAAGGUUAUGUUGGUUGCAAUGGCAAUAAUAUUCGCUCUACUUGCAACUGUAACAAGAGCUGUUUGCUUAUUUUACCCUUUUCUUUUUGUCAUAGUGUUCGAAUUUACGAAAUCCUUGGCUAUCUUCCUCUUACUGGCUCUUAAACUCGCAUCUCCUGAGAAAUACCUUAAAUUAAUUAACGUUAAAGGACUAAGCCAUCUACAGAUGCUCACAAAAAGUACACGCUCUGAAGACGAAAUUUGUUACGUUUGGAACGGAUUUUGUGUCAUUUAUUUUGUACUAGUAUCACUCACUCUCAUCCGUAACAUCGCCGAAUUUCAGUGGAGAGAGCGUUUACGGAGACACGAAAACGUUUAUCCUCCCCUUUUAACUCCUGUUCCGAGAAGACGAAUAAUGCCCAGAGAAGUAGAAGUAGUAGAUGUCAACUCCGAUGACCCUCCCCCAUAUUCGGCAACGAUCCAGUUAGAAACUGCCAAAGAAGAAACCGCUCCCCCGCGAUACUCCCAGUUGGGCUACUCCCAAGCAGAACUUACUCCUGACCGCACCAAAAGCUCAAGAACAUCAACAAGUGGACAUACUCGAGUGGUAUCAUCGGAUGUUCACGAGUCAAGCAAGUCAAUAUCCUCAACCGUCAACGAUCCAGCGCAAAGCUCGAGUAGUGCAAAAUAG